UAUAUACCAGUCGUGAAUAUACGAGAAUAUUCUGUGAGAAAAUGAGAAUUUAUUUUAUUAUACCCGUAAUCCUUGUGCUAACUACCGGCGCCGUAGCUCAGCGUAAGGAUCAGUCCCAGAAACCUGAGACACAAUAUGCCUCAUCCCUGUUCCGCAUGAAUCAGGUGCUCGAAGGGGUACCGUUCCUGCAGACCGUACAGAAUGUCACAUCCGUUUCCCUGUGUCUCAUGAAUUGCAUGAAACUGAAGCCCAACUGCAAGUCAUUCAAUUGGGGCCGUAAUGGGGACUGUCAGCUCAUGUCCGACUCGGUCUGUUUCAACGAGACCCUCCUGUUGACCUCCCGGGAGGGCUAUGCCUACUACGACCUUAUGGACACACCUGACUAUGAGAAAAAACAUCUCAAGGACGGUUAUUGUCGACUGUUUGGAAAGUGUUCCGGUAAAUGCUAUCCAAGGACUCCUCACUUCGUGGACACGCCGAUGAAGAAAAGUGAGGCCAAAGCCCACUGCGAGGGGUUGGGCCGUACGCUAGCGAUGCCCCUAAACCUCGACGAACAGCGUUUCAUCGAAGCGUUCACCCGCACCCGUUUAGAAAUACUAAUAAUGACCUGA